CCGACGGAUUGGUGAGACACCCUAGAGCAGGCAGAGCAGAGCCCUCUGGACUGUAUGAAGCUCGCUGCUAAGUUCGGGCUCCGUUCGCAACGCAGUCAGCCAGCCUACGUGAACUAACCAUGAGUACCUCAGAGUCCUUGGACCGAAUGGAACUAUGUGAAAGUCUCCUGACAUGGAUCCAAACAUUCGGAGUGGAAGCACCGUGCAAGACGGUAGAAGAUUUGACCGGGGGUGUAGUAAUGGCCCAAGUCCUUCAGAAAAUAGAUAUAUCGUAUUUCAAUGAUGCUUGGAUUAGCAGAAUCAAGCCAGAGGUCGGGGACAACUGGAGAUUAAAGGUCAGCAAUCUAAAGAAAAUCUUGAAAGGCAUUCUGGACUACUACCAGGAGGUCUUAGGUCAACAGAUCAAUGAUUUCACAUUACCAGAUGUCAACUUGAUAGGAGAGCACUCUGACGCUGCAGAACUUGGGAGAAUGUUACAACUCAUCCUGGGCUGUGCCGUUAACUGCGAACAGAAACAAGAAUACAUCCAGACCAUAAUGGUGAUGGAGGAGUCGGUGCAGCAUGUCGUCAUGACUGCCAUCCAGGAGCUUAUGAGUAAAGAGACUGCAGUCACCCCGGGAGGAAAUGACUCGUAUGUAGAUCUGGACAGAGAGUUGAAGAAGACAGUUGAGGAGCUGAAUGAUGCUUUGGCAACCAAGGAAGAGAUCGCUCAGAGGUGUCGUGAGCUUGACUUACAGGUAGCUGCUCUGCAAGAAGAGAAGAGCAGUCUGUUGGCAGAAAACCAGCUUAUGAUGGAGAGACUUCAUCAGUCUGACUCUAUUGAAGACGUAAACAGUCCUGCUGGACGAAAACAUCUCCAACUGCAGUCACAGUUGGAGCAGCUACAAGAAGAAUCUUUCAGGCUGGAGGCAGCAAAAGACGACUACCGGAUCCGCUGUGAGGAGCUUGAGAAAGAGCUCCUAGAUGUAAAGUCCCAGAAUGAAGAACUCACAGCUUUGGCCGAUGAAGCCCAGUCUCUCAAAGAUGAGAUGGAUGUCCUCAGACACUCAUCUGACAAAGUAUCCAAAUUAGAGGGAAUGGUGGAGCACUACAAGAAAAAACUGGAGGACAUGGGGCUGCUAAGGAGACAGAUUAAGCUUCAAGAGGAGAAGAACACCGGAUUGAUGCAGACUAAUGUCAGCUUGGAGGAAGAGCUUCGAAAGGCUAAUGCUACUAAGGGUCAGCUGGAGAGCUAUAAGAGACAGGUUGUUGAACUUCAGAACAGGCUUUCAGAAGAGUCCAAAAAGGCAGACAAGAUGGAGUUUGAGUACAAACGCCUAAAAGAGAAAGUGGACUCUCUACAAAAAGAAAAAGAUCGCAUGAGAACAGAGAGAGAUUCGCUGAAGGAAACCAUUGAGGAACUACACUGUGUCCAGGCUCAAGAGGGACAGCUGACAUCAAGUUUGUUCCCACUAGGUGGCAGUGAAGGAUCAGAUUCACUGGCUGCUGAGAUCACAACCCCAGAAAUGCGAGAACAUCUGAUUCGUCUCCAGCAUGAAAACAAAAUGCUGAAGCUGGCCCAGGAGGGAUCGGACAACGAGAAAAUCGCCUUGCUGCAGAGUCUACUAGAAGACGCCAACAGAAGAAAAAAUGAACUAGAGACAGAAAACAGAUUAAUCAAUCAGCGGUUAAUGGAGGAGCAGAGUCAAGUUGAAGAGCUUCAAAAGACUGUUCAGGAACAGGGUUCAAAAGCAGAUGAUUCAUCGGUUUUGAAGAAGAAAUAUGAUGAACACGUGGAGAAGCUUCAAGAAGUGAACAACGAGUUAUUGAAGAAAAAUGCUAUCAUCGAUGAAUUGGAACCAAAGUGCAAUGCUAGCUCCCAAAGAGUGGAUGAGCUUGAAGAGGCGCUAAAGAAAAAAGAUGAAGAGAUGAAGCUGAUGGAGGAGAGAUAUAAGAAAUAUCUAGAAAAAGCAAAGAGUGUUAUUCGGACGCUGGACCCAAAGCAGAACCAGGGUUCCGGUCCAGAGGUUCAGGCCUUGAAAAACCAGCUGCAAGAAAAGGAGAGAAUGUUGCACACACUCGAGAAGGAAAUGGACAAGACAAAAAUCCAGCGAGACAACGAGGAGAAACUUAUCGUUUCAGCCUGGUACAACAUGGGCAUGUCUAUGCAGAAGAAGGCGGCUGAAGACCGACUUGCCAACACCGGUUCCGGCCAGUCUUUCCUAGCUCGACAGAGACAAGCCACCAGCACACGCCGAUCCUACCCAGGCCACGUCCAGCCAGCUACCGCAAGAUCCAUGAGCAAUAUCACUGCAUGACUGGUACACCACUGAGCUGCUCCUAGCCUUGUGUGGCCUGGCCUAGUCCCUCUUUGGCCUGCUCUGACUGUGGGCCUGGCUAGGCCGAGCGGCACCUGAUGCAUGAACCUGCCUGCAUACUGUUUGCAUGAGCUCUUACCUUAUUUAAAGCCUGCAAAAUAUGCGGUCCCCCUAUCAGCUGCAGCAGCAUGAGCACUAACAACGCCCCUUCAUUGUUACGCGUCAUAACCUGCAGGGAAGUCUGACGAAUGAUUUGGGAUCAGAAAAAAAAAAAUCCAGCUUUUUUUCAAAUAACUCCUUGUUUUUUUGUUACCUUUGUUGCUGAUGUUCUAACAUCAAUGUCUCCACCAUUCCUCCAUUCCCUCCCCUAACCCCAAUGUCACACCCGAUGGACACGCCCACUCGUGCUUUUACGUGUAACAAGUCUGUUACGAUGCAGUGUGUUACAAACAACCCUAAAGCAAUCAGACUGCAGCAUUAUUUCCUUUGGAUCAAACCGUUUACCAAGCCCUCCUUGUAUUAUUUAGGAAGAAUUGGCUGGCUGUGUCAAGAUACCUCAGCGACAAAUUCCUCCUGAUCUGUUUGAGUUUACAUGACUGGGAGGAAUAAUGUCAUUUUUAGGAAUAAUUUGUCUCCCCUUUAAAGUGUUACAUAAGAUGUCCAACCUCUUUGUUGGACUGAUUCUUAAAGUUUUUUUUAUUUUUAUUUGCAAGUAUUGACUGCACCAAGUGUUGGACAAAACAAAAGUUUAUGGGGCUUUACUCUGUUGCCUUGUUUUUAUGAGCUGCAGAUCGUAGACUGUGUAUUAUAUCAAUAGUCUUAUUACAGAUUUGCUUUUAUUUGAGUUAAAAGCUCUCAUUAAGCCUUCUAUGUUAGGAAAAUGUAAGCUUAUUUAAUUAUCUUUUCAAUGUAGCCCUUUACAGAUGAAAGUAAUUAUCUUUUGCCUUUCUAAUCAGUGAAAUGGUUUAAAAAAGGGAGAAAAAGUUUCAUUUUUAACGACUUCCUUUAUGGAAACUCAAAACCAUCGAAAGCUGAGGGGUCUUUCUUUCAUGGUGUUUUUUAGGUAUAAUUACAAACAAUAUGCAUUUCAGUAUCAAAAUAUGGCGUGUUAUUUGAUACGCUGUAGGCAAAUUCCUUUUAAAGAGAUAUUUGGUGCUGCUGCCAGUUCUGUGAUUUUUAUUUUUUUCUGUUUGGUUUCUUUAGUUUUUAUUUUAUAGGGUUAAUUUUAAAUAUGUUGCUGAAAAGUAUUUCCAGGAUCUGAAAAUAUGUAGUAUUAAAUCCUAAAAGAGAGAGAUGGUUAAAUCCUCCAAUUGAGUGCCUUUUGUUUAAAUUUAAAUUAAAUGGUUUAUGAGAUUUAUUGAAUAUUUAAGGAACAAAACCUCAGUUUGGGAAAAACUUUAUUUAGACAUUAACUUAACUCUAAGGUUGGCUUAUGAGAGCUUUUCUCACUUUUUCCUGUUUUAUUCAUAUUUCUUCUGUUGUGUAUUCUUAGUGUAAUCCAUACCAUUUUAUCCUAAAGGCCUAUUUAUUCUUUUUUGCUUGUACAGCAGUGUUAACAUUUGUUAGUAUUAUAAUAUAGCCAUUUAUACUGUUACAAUGGAUGUAAGUAAGAUCAAAAUACUGUUAAGUAACUUAUGCAACAGAAGGAGAAGAGUUUCAGUUUUAAAGCAUUUGACUCAAAGUCAAGAGUGAAAGUUUUUGUGCAAACAGUGUUUAGAGGAAAAAGUUUUCCUUUUUUAAAACACUGUGCAAAUAAGUUUGCAGUUAUAUUAUAUUAUUCUUUUCUCUUUAACAAAAAAAAAAAGACAGACAUUUUACUUUUCUCAUCAGCAUGUUUUGCAGCAAGCUUAUGAUUGACCUUUAAGUUUAUUAAAGAUACAUGUGGGAUUAUUCUGAUAUGCUGGUAGCCGGGCAAAAUGGUCAUCAAAUAAAAGUAUCUUUCAAAACCAAGUGUUGAAAUGACAUUUAAGGAUGCAGAUGUUUCUUUCUUUGAGUCUUCAGGUUUUCUUUUUUUCUAUACGAAUCUUAUUUUUGUGUAUAAUGGGACAUUAACCAUAUUCCUGUUUGAAUAAUUUGUACCUAAAGUACACAGACCUCUGCUCUCCGUCCAUCCUCAGAGGUUGGUUUGUAUAUAAUAAACCCAUCCGAAUUGUGGUUGACCUAACGAAUUUCCAACUGGAGUUAAGGUAAACCUGUAUUAUAAAUAAUUAUUCCUCCUUUCAUCCCAUUGAGCCCCUCACUGUAUUUCUAUCUGAGCAUAUUUCCUGUAACUGAUUACAGGCAGGACCGACUUGUUGCCCUUUCAACUAUUUUUGACAAUAAAGAAGGAAAUAAAAAAAAUGGUGCGCUUCUGAAACUUCCACUGUAAUAUCACUUCAGUGUUUGACAAAUAUUUAAUGCAAUACGCAGAAAUCAAAUUAAAAAGGUCAUGUCUGUAUUUUUUAGACACUGGUAGAAUAAAUGUAUAGUGUCCUAGAGUUUUAAACUUGACAUGAGCAACAAGGGGCCUUGUCUUAUUUUCCAUAAAUCCUAAAGCAAAUACUGACCUCUUGCCAAUGUUGUACAUUGCUUGUAUAGAAAGACAAUUUGUACAUAACAUCUGUGAUAGUGUCAUGGGGUUUAAAUAUUUGCGAUUGACAGCAUAAUAAAAAACACUUCCACUUGGAUGGAUGUCAUCUCACAUUUUGUCCGAAGACCCUGCUUUUGAAAACGUGCUUCCAACAGGAUGAAAAGUAAAAACCACAUUGUAAAUAAA